UACACGAACUUUGAUGUCAGUGUGCCCUAGUUUGACACGAAGCGUAGAAUACGAACGACGGGUCGCCACUUCUACUGACUAAUAUUGAGCGUGUAUUAAAUUAAAAUGUAUUUAUUGAUAGUAUUCGCUACUUUCGCUUUAAGCAAUAGUGUUUUAGCUGACAGACCGUGUGCCGUCAGAACUACUCCUAAGGAGUCUGUGGUCUGUGUGUGCAACGCAACUUACUGUGAUGAGAUCCGGAGAGAGAUUCCCACCAAAGACGACGUCAUCAUAUACACAUCCUCAAAGAGUGGCUUCCGCUUUACAAAAUCUUAUGGAAAAUUGCAAGCUCUAGAUUUACUAGAUUCUUCGAGAUUUCUGGAAAUCGAUCCGACGACAAAAUAUCAGACGAUCGAGGGUUUCGGUGGAGCCGUCACGGAUGCCGCUUCAAUGAACUGGAAAAGUGUGUCCGAUAAUUUACAGGACAAGCUCAUAAAUUCUUAUUUCAGUGAAGACGGCCUCCAAUAUAAUAUGCUUCGAGUACCAAUCGGAGGAUCAGAUUUCUCCACCCACGCGUAUGCUUACAACGACUUACCAGAGAACGACGCCUUUCUUACUAACUUCACUCUCGCUCCCGAAGACAUCAUGUAUAAAAUUCCAAUGAUCAAAAGAAUUAUGGCAGUAUCCCGAACAGCAGUGCACAUCGUGGCCACGACCUGGUCUCCGCCGCCUUGGAUGAAGACAGGACGCAGUUUCGCUGGCUUUAGCAGAUUAAAACAGGAAUAUUUUCAGACCUACGCUGAUUAUCACUUGAAAUUUCUUCAAAAGUACAAUGAAUCUGGGAUACCGAUCUGGGGUCUCACAACCACCAACGAACCCAUCAAUGGAGUAUUUGAUUUAUGCAACUUCAACUCUCUCGGCUGGACAGUCACUAAAAUGGCAGAUUGGAUCGUCAAUAACUUUGGUCCCACAAUCCGGAACUCCUCUUUUAAAGAUGUUAAGAUAAUGGUUGGAGACGAUCAGCGGUUCACCAUUCCUUAUUGGUUUAUCGGGAUGGUGGCAUAUCGUCCUGAAUCUCUGAACUACGUGGACGGUGUCGCUGUACACUACUAUACAGACCAGUUUAUUUCCCCGAUUGCGUUUGAAGCCGUGACUAAGGCUCAUCCAGAGAAAUUUGUUCUUUCCACUGAAGCCUGUGAAGGCACUUUACCCUGGCAGAAAAAUAAGGUCCUGUUGGGAUCAUGGCAACGUGCGAAGACAUAUGUUUUAGAUAUAUUGGAGGAUCUAAAUUAUAACUUAGUUGGAUGGAUUGAUUGGAAUCUGUGUCUCGACCCUCGCGGAGGUCCCAACUGGGCGAGUAACUUCGCUGAUGCUGCUAUAAUUGUUGAUAAAACAAACGACGAAUUCAUAAAACAGCCCAUGUUCUAUGCGAUGGGACAUUUUUCAAAGUUUAUUCCUCGUGGUUCCAAAAGAAUAAAAGUCAAAGAACAUAAGUCGAUAUUUGAACUUUCUUUGAGACACGUCGCCUUUAUCACGCCGAGAGGUACGAUCGUGGCCGUCAUUUACAACGACGGCCGUUCGCAGACGAUAUCCAUAACUAUUAAAAACAGACAGUUGAAGUUAAAGCUCGAAGGGGAUUCAGUGUCGACGAUAGAGUUCCAAACUGAUGAAGUCAUGACAAAUAAUUUGUAAUACAUAUAUAAUAAAGUGUUUUUGUAUAUGUAUAUUAAAUAACUGAAACUUAGA